AUGAGUUUGCUGGCUGUAAAUACAGUCGACCGACUGGAUCGACCAAGCGCAUACUAUGUUAGCAAGUCCAAAUGGGCCAUAGAGGCUGAAAAUCAUACACAGAACAAGCGUCGUAGAUUCAACGACCGCGAGGAGGAGGAACCGCAGCAACAGGAGAAACCUGACGAUAAAUUGAAGAACGCGACAACCCUCUACGUGGGAAAUCUUUCCUUUUAUACCACCGAAGAACAAAUCCACGAACUCUUCGCCAAGUGCGGUGAGAUCAAGCGACUUGUAAUGGGCCUCGACCGAUUCAACAAAACACCCUGCGGCUUCUGCUUCGUCGAGUAUUACACCCACCAGGAUGCGCUGGAUUGCUUGAAGUAUAUCGGAGGAACUAAGCUGGACGAGCGAAUCAUUCGGACAGAUCUUGACCCUGGAUUUGAGGAAGGACGGCAGUUCGGACGAGGAAAAUCGGGCGGUCAAGUGCGUGAUGAAUACCGUGAAGAAUACGAUCCGGGCCGUGGUGGAUACGGCCGUGCCUAUGAUGAGCAGCGCCAGCGCGAGGAGGAUGAAUACGGUGCCGGAAGGUAG